AUAAGGAAAGCGUGAAUCGAUGUGGAUACAUGUUAUUAUAAUUUUCUGUUGAUAAUUUGAGAUAAUUAAUACGUUAUACGUUAUACACAUUUAGAGAAUGUGUUUACCUUAUUUGACAGCCAGUUCAAUGCCAACAGGGUUUAUGGUUGAUGAAUGACAUUCACACAGAGCAGUCGACAUUGCCCUGUCCAUGUCAAGACUGUCUACAAUAUUUUCACUGGAAUACGUUUGUAAGCCCGAAGCAGGUUGAAGAUGCGACUUCGGGCUGUCCUGGGAAUAGGCAUUGGGACGUUCAAUGUCCUGGUUGGGGGGGGUAAAAGUAUACUGAAGAAUGGACCACAGACGUGCAAGUGGAGAUUACAAGGAAGAAGACAGUACAGCUUUUUGCCAGAUGAUGUCAAAUCCCCACGAGCUGUGGUCAAUCCAGAUAUAUCGAAAAUCCGGAACAUUGGCAUCAUGGCACACAUAGAUGCAGGGAAGACCACCACCACCGAGAGAAUGCUGUAUUACUCUGGAUACACCAGGGCCUUGGGAGAUGUUGAUGACGGGGACACUGUGACAGACUUCAUGGUUCAGGAGAGGGAGCGGGGAAUCACCAUACAGUCUGCUGCAGUCACCUUCGACUGGAAAAAGCACAGGAUCAACCUCAUAGAUACGCCAGGACAUGUUGACUUUACUCUGGAGGUGGAGCGAGCCCUGCGUGUGUUGGAUGGGGCGGUGGCUGUGUUUGAUGCCUCUGCUGGCGUUGAGGCUCAGACUCUGACAGUGUGGCGGCAGGCUGAGAAACAUCAUGUACCCUGUAUCUGUUUCCUGAACAAGAUGGACAAGCCUGGGGCCAGUUUACACUUUUCCAUUGAGAGCAUAAAGAAGAAACUGAAAGCCAAUCCUGUGCUCCUCCAGAUUCCAAUUGGCAGCGGGAAGAGCUUCACAGGAUUGAUUGACUUGAUUACCAACCAGCAAAUGACGUGGCGGGUGAAAUCCAGAGCAGAGGAUGGCCGUGUCUUUGAGACCAAAUCCCUCAGCCAAUCAGAUGACCCGGAACUUCUUCAGGACGCUAUGGAGGCCAGAGCAGCUCUGAUAGAACAGGUUGCUGAUCUGGAUGAUGAGUUUGCGGAGCUGUUACUUGGAGGUUACGGUGAAAAUUUUGAUGCGGUACCUCCUGCCAAACUCCAGGAGGCAGUGCGGAGGGUGACUCUGGCACGUAAAGGAGUCCCUGUGCUUUGUGGGAGCUCUCUGAGGAACAAAGGUGUUCAGCCUCUCAUGGACGCCAUCACAGCCUACCUCCCUGCCCCCAACGAGAGGCACCACGACCUAGUGCGUUGGUACCAGGAUGACCUGUGUGCCCUGGCCUUCAAGGUGGUGCAUGACAAGCAGCGAGGUCCUCUGGUGUUUGUGAGGAUCUACUCUGGGACCAUGAAGCCCCAGUCUGCUGUCCUCAACAUCAACAGGAACAACACAGAGAGGAUGAGUCGGCUGCUGCUGCCAUUUGCUGACCAGCAUGUGGAGAUACCUUCUCUGACUGCAGGAAACAUUGCACUCUGUGUGGGCCUCAAGCAGACAGUGACAGGGGACACUAUUGUGUCCUCCAAGGCCUCGGCAGCGGCCGCGGUCCGGCGGGCCCAGAAGGAGGGGGAGGGGAAGAUGGGUGGAGAGCAGGCCAGUCUGGUGCUGGCUGGAGUGGAGGUCCCCGAGCCUGUCUUCUUCUGCUCCAUAGAACCCCCCACUAUGUCUAAACAGGCAGAUCUGGAGAAUGCCCUGACCUGCCUCCAGAGAGAAGACCCUAGCCUGAAGGUCAGGGUAGAUUCAGACUCUGGACAGACCAUUCUGUGCGGAAUGGGAGAGCUGCACAUUGAGAUCCUCCAUGAUCGGAUCAGGAGAGAGUACGGCAUCGAGACCCACCUGGGACCUCUACAGGUGGCCUACAGGGAGACCAUCCUCCAAUCAGUGGCCACCACAGACACGCUGGACCGUACAGUUGGGGAGAGGAGACACAUGGUGACUGUGAGCGUGGCGGUCUGCCCCAUCAUGGACUCCUCCUCCUCCUCGCUCACUUCCUGUGAAAUCACCUACGAUGAGGAAGUGGAGGAGCAGCUGUCCCCUGACGUCAGGGACGCCGUGGAGAACGGAGUAAACAGCUCUUAUCUCCAAGGUCCGUUGCUUGGUUACCCGGUCCAGGGCGUGUCCACUAUGAUCCAGAGUGUGAGCAUGGAGCCGGGGACGUCUCUAGCUAUGUUGUCUGCCUGCGUGUCCCGCUGUAUGCUCAAGGCUCUGAGGCAGGCGGGGGGGCAGGUGCUGGAGCCUGUGAUGUCACUGGAGGUGACGGUGGGGGAGGAGCACCUGAGCUCUGUGCUGGGUGACCUGGCUCAGAGACGAGGGGCCAUCCGGGACAUCCAGAGUCGCCAUGACAGCAAGGUGCUGCUGGCAACCGCGCCCCUGGCUGAGAUGAUGGGCUACUCCACCGCCCUGCGAACUCUGACCUCUGGCAACGCCACCUUCUCCCUCCAGCUGGACAUCUAUGAGGCCAUGAACCCCCAACACCAGAAUGCCCUGCUCAACAAGAUGGCUGGCCUCGCCUGAUGACAUCACGCAGAGACGGAAGAGGAAUUCUGGGAAAUGUUAUUGUCCUGCUGAAAGGUGAAUUCAUCUCCCAGUGUCUGCUGGAAAGCAGACGGAACCAAGUUUUCCUCUAUGCUUGAAGAAAAUGGACAGUGGUACUCAGUAUGUGUUGUAUUGGACUUGCCGCAAACAUAACACGUUGUAUUCAGGACAAAAGCCGUGCCACAUUUUUUGCAGUAUUACUUUAGUGAGGGUUUCUUAAAUAUUUAUUUAUAACGUGCACCCAGGGGGGGCCCCAGGACCGAGUUUGGGAAACCCUAAUUUCGUGCCUUGUUGCAAAUGUUUCCUUUUCACUUUUGUCAGUUAGGUUAGUAUUGUGGUUUAACAACAAUGAUGUUGAGCCGUCCUCAGUUUUCACCCAUCAAACGCUUAACUGUUUUUAUGUCACCAUUGGCCUUAAUGGUGAAAUUAGUGGUUUCCUUCUUCUCCGGCAACCGAGUUAGGAAGGACGCCUGUAUCUUUGUAGUGACUGGGUGUAUUGAUACACCAUCCAAAGUCUAAUUAAUAACUUGCUCAGAGGGAGCAAAUGGAUAUUUGUCUGCUUUUGAAAAAAUACAUGUCCUACUCUGCAAGGCAUUGGAAAACCUCCCUGGUCUUUGUGGUUAAAUCUGUUUGAAAUUCACUGCUUGACUGAGGAAUUACAGAUAAUUAUAUGUGUGGGGUAUAGAGAUGGGGUAGUCAUUCAAAAACUGUUAAACGGGCUCCUGAGUGACACAGUGCAAGAGGCGUCACUACAGUCCCUGGUUUGAAUCCAGGCUGUAUCACAUCCGGUCGCGAUUGGGAGUCCCAUAGGGCGGUGCACAAUUCGCCCAGCAUCAUCCGGGUUUAGCAGUCAUUGUAAAUAAGAAUUGGUUCUUAACCGACUUGCCUACUUCAAGGUUAAAUGAAAACACUAUUGCACACGGAGUCCAUGCAACAUAUGAAAAUCUUUCCUCCUGAACUUUAGGCUUGCCAUAACAAAUGGGGUUGAAUCAAGACAUUUCAUAUUUUAAUUUCAAAAAACAUAAUUCCACUUUGACAUUAUGGGCCAGUGACAUCUCAA